AUGAGGUUCGUCGUACCUAUAGACUCAACCUUCAGAAAUAAACGAUUGAAAUUAGAAGAACGUCAAGAAAUUGCAAAGUUUCUUUUGAGAGAAAGUAAGGAAGGAAGUCUUAAAUACGGAUCUAUAACACAAGUUGCGAUGUUGUUCAAGAAAUCAAUAAGAACUAUUCAGCGCAAUUGGAAACAAUGUCAAUCAUCAGUUGAUAAUGGUAUGUCGUCGUCAGAUGUGUCUUUAAGACAUACAGGUAAAGUUGGAACAAAAUGGAUUGGAGUCGACAUUAAUCAAGUCAGACAAAUUCCACUUUGUCGUCGAACAAAUAUUCGAUCUCUGGCUUUUGCGAUGAACAUGGAAAAAUCAACCAUCUUUCGACGUGUGAAAGAUGAAACUCUUCAGCCACAUUCUAAUUCCAUCAAGACUCAGUUAACCGAAGGAAACAAAAAGGUUAUGUUUAUGGCUGCUGUAGCACGUCCUCGAUUUGAUGAAUAUGGAAUUGAGUUGUUUUCUGGAAAAAUAGGUAUUUUUUCGUUUGUAGUUAAGGAACCAGCUAAGCGGAUUAGCAAAAUUCGAACAGCAGGAACUAUGGAAACAAAGCCCAUUCAGUCAGUAACUAAAGAUAUCACUAGAGCUUGCUUGAUAGAGAAAGUUCUUCCUGCUAUUAGAGCAAAAUGGCCAGCUUCCGAUUCAAAUAAUCCUAUCUUUUUACAACAAGAUAAUGCAAGGCCACAUAUUGGUAACAAUGAUUUGGAAUUUAUUAAAGCUGCCCGACAAGAUGGAUUUAACAUUAGAUUGUGUUUUCAACCAUCGAACAGUCCAGAUUUAAAUGUUUUAGUUCUUGGUUUUUUUAGAGCAAUCCAAAGUCUUCAAUAUCAAAAGGCCCCUAAAAAUGUUGAUGAAUUAGUGGAAGCAGUGGAAAGAUCCUUCGAUGAAAUGAAAGAGAAACAACUCAAUCAUGUAUUUCUUACUUUACAAUCUGGUAUGAUUGAGGUGAUGAAAGAUAGUGGCGGCAAUAAUUACAAAGUGCCUCAUUUGAACAAAAAUGGACUAUGA